GUGGUGCGUUUGUCCAUGUCCGCUUCGUGGCGUAGUCAUUCUGCUUCUGGUCACCGACGCGUGCGGACGCAGGAUGGAAGGCUCUCUCCGAGCUGUGACAGCGGCCGACGCCGGCCGUGGUAACUCGUGCUUCUCCGUACCCAAGGACUACCGUAUUGUUCUGCCUCCUCUGCCCACCGGUGACGGACUGAAAACCACUGUCGUCCUGCACUGCGACAUUGCAGGACGGCCUUACAGGAUCGACGAUUUUCGCAAGCCCUUAAAGGACGCCAACUUAAUACAGCAGGUGAGCGGAAUCGGUGCUUACCAGAUGUCACAUGUCUGGUUGAUAAAUUUCCGGACCGAAGACGCUAAGAAGACGCUAAUUCGUGCAGGCCAUAUCACUGUUAAGGAUCGUGUGUGCCUAGUGAUUGAUCCUGAAAAACAGGAGGUGCGCGUGAAGAUUCACUGGCUGGCUUUCAACGUCACAAACGACGCUAUACGCCGCGCCUUCAUGGAAUUCGGAGAAGUCAAGGAAGUGACCAACGACAAGUGGAAGACUGCUGAUUUUGAAUCCGCCGAUUCGACAAGCAGGGUUGUGCGUCUUGUCCUCCGAGAUGGAGUAAGCCUCGAGCGCAUUCCCCAUCAGAUGCGAGUUGGAGGAGGAACGGUGCUGGUUGUUGUUCCGGGUCGUGCGCCCAUAUGCCUGAGAUGCCACACCACAGGACAUAUUCGCCGUGACUGCAGAGUUCCACGCUGCGCGGAAUGCAAGGCCUUCGGCCACGAACAAGCUGACUGCUCAAGAUCCUAUGCUCGCAUCGCUAGUCGCAGCGCCGCUUGCGACAGCGGUGAACUUUUAAUGGACGAGGAAGACGCAGAGCGGGUUGCAGCGUCUGCAGGAACGCAGGCCGGGUCUGACGGCGAAAACGCCGGAGCGUCCUCCGAAGUAGAAAGCAGCGUCCAGGAACAGUCGCUUGCGGUUGAGACCACCGUGGUGGACGAGGCCUCGCGCGGCGCAGGAGACGGUACACAGGCGAACGCUGCGGAAUCCGACAAGAGCGACGCGGGAGACGCGACGCAGGCGGACACUGCGGGGUUCGACAAGAGCGGCGCGUCUCAGGACGACGGGGGAGACGCGGCGUCGACGCAAGCCGUGAAAUGCAGUUCUGCGAACAUGGAUGUGGACGUUCCUGCUAUAAAGCGUCGCCUCGAAGACACGGUCGAUCCUGUGCGCGAGCAACGACAGCGUCAACAGGCGAAGGAAGGAAACUACGUCACCGGCAAAAAGAAAUGCGUCGCGAACACGCGGCGUUCGUCGUCGCUUCAGCGCGACGACAGAGCCAAGCUAUAG